GAACUGCACUAGUGACAGCCCUCUCUUCGGCUGUCGUGACGUACAGUACACAAAAACACAAAGGUCCACAUACAACUCUAGCAGUUUGGUGGAGAUCAGAAGUGACAGCAGCAUGUUUGUGAAGACGGUAGCCUUGCUAGGCUUGGCCCUGGCAGUGAGUGCCAUUCCUUUGGAAGACACAGAGAAAGGCAAAAACUGGGUAGUCAUUGUUGCCGGUUCUAACGGCUGGUACAACUACAGGCAUCAGGCAGAUGCAUGUCACGCAUACCAGAUAGUCCAUAAAAAUGGAAUUCCUGACGAGCAGAUUGUCGUGAUGAUGUAUGAUGACCUCGCGCAGAGUGAAGAAAAUCCAACAAAAGGAAUUGUCAUUAACAGGCCAAAUGGUACCGAUGUCUACCAAGGAGUUGUUAAGGACUACACUGGGGAGGAUGUAACCCCAAAGAAUUUCCUAGCGGUACUGGAAGGGGAUGCAGAGGCAGUACAGGGCAUUGGAUCUGGGAAGGUGCUUAAGAGCGGUCCAAAUGAUCAUGUGUUUGUUUACUUCACCGACCAUGGAGCCCCAGGCCUCCUGGCUUUCCCAAGUGAUGAACUUCACGUGAAGGCUCUUAACAAGACAAUCACAAAUAUGUACAAAAACAACAGAUACAAAAAGAUGGUGUUCUAUAUUGAGGCCUGUGAGUCUGGGUCAAUGAUGAAUCACCUGCCAGGCAAUAUUAAUGUGUACGCCACCACUGCUGCCAACCCUCACGAGUCCUCCUACGCCUGCUACUACGACGAGAAGAGAGACACCUACCUGGGAGACUGGUACAGCGUCAACUGGAUGGAAGACUCUGAUGUUGAGGAUCUGACUAAAGAAACCAUUAUACAACAGUUCAAGAUUGUGAAGAGCCACACCAAUACCAGUCAUGUGAUGCAGUAUGGAAACAAGACGUUAGCCCACAUGAAGGUGAUGCAGUUCCAGGGUAACUCGCAUGAGAACUCUAAGCCAGCCGCUCCCAUCAGCCUCCCCCCCAUCGAGGACCCCGACCUGGUCCCCAGCCCUGAUGUCCCCCUCGCCAUCCUCAAGAGGAAACUGAUGGCCACCAAUGACAUCUCCACUGCCAAGCACUACUUGGAGGAGAUCAACUCCCAUCUGAAAGUUAGAGAGCUGCUGAAGGAGACCAUGAGAAGGAUUGUAUCCGUGGUGACUGAAUCAGUGGAAAGGACAGAGCAGGCUCUCGCUGACAGACUGGAGCUCACCACCCAGCAUGACUGCUACCAAGCGGCUGUGGAACACUACAAAACACGCUGCUUCAACUGGCAUUCGCCCACGUAUGAAUAUGCUCUGAGACAACUCUAUGCUCUUGUGAACCUUUGUGAAGGAGGUUUUAAUGUUGACAGGAUCCAGGAGGCAAUGAACAAGGUGUGCUUCGCUUCAAAUUAAACCUCAUCUGUACCAAUUGAUGGAGCAGGCUUGAAAAGAAGUCACAUUGAGAGACAAACAGGGCUCUAAGCACUGAUGAAUCACUAUUUUGCAUUAGAAAAUGUAUAUAUAUAUAGUGUUUGUGUUUGUUUUAAUCUUGUUUUACAAAAAUAAUCAUGUUUUCUUGAUUUCAUUUAUGGUGACAAAACACACUACUGUGACUAGGAAUAAGUUUGUUUUUAACCAGUAUAUUAAAAUUACACCAAUUCGGUUUUUUGUUUUUUUGUUUUAAAAAAAAAAAAAAAAAAAAAAAAAAAAAAAAAAAAAAAAAAAGUUUGUUCAUCUUACUAUUGGGACUAGAAACACUAAUGAUCUUAACCCGUUAUUUUUAAAAGCUUUGAAACAAAAAGGUGCAGUGCAUUUCUGUGUGUCAUUUUCAGUUGGCGGUAUCCCAGCACAAGGGUAUUUGUACUGCAUAAGCAGGUAGCACAGAAGAAGUAACAAGGCACCAAGUACAGUUAAACAGGUUAACUGUGUUAACACCUGCGGGAAGAAUUACAAAGCGCUAUUCAGCCCCAGCCAUGGCCCAGAAAUUCACCUUUGUUGUAGGUUUGUUCACCUUUGUAAACCCCUUUUUUCAGCCCCCUCCUUUGAGCCCACUAUAAAGGUGCUGAUGUCUCCAACAUCAUUAUACAUCCUUGCUUAUGGAAUACCACUUUGUUUAAAGUUGCAAAUUUGAAGUGUCUAAAUUGUGGCUGUAAUAAAGGAAAAUAACUUGCAAACAAUCCACGUAGUAGAUAAUGGUAUAAACAAUGCAUGCCAGGAUUGCGUUUCUGAAGUGCAAUGACUAGCUUUGUAACUUCCAUAUUCAAAGUAAAUAUAGGACUUGUUAAAUACAAAACUGCCUGAUCCAGUCUGCAACAGAUCUAGCCAAUGUUUAUAAUCAAUAAAACAAAACUAUUAGA